CCGUGCGGCGCCGGGGCGCAGCGCAAACAUGGCGGCUGUUGGCUCGGGCCGGUGAGGCGGUGCCGGGCGGGGACUGUUCGGUGUCAUGGGUGGUGGCGGCGGCACCGCCCCCGCGUCUCCCUGAGCGGGAGGCAGGGGGGCCCUCUGCGCUGGGCCGGGCGAUGGACGAGAGCAGCGAGCUGGCCGGUCUGGAGACCAUGGAGACCCUCACGGAGCUGGGUGAUGAGCUGACCCUGGGGGACAUCGACGAGAUGCUGCAGUUUGUCAGUAAUCAAGUGGGAGAGUUCCCUGACUUGUUUUCAGAGCAGCUAUGUAGCUCCUUCCCUGGCAGUAGUGGUGGUGGCAGCAGCAACAGCAGCAGAGGCAGCAGCGGUGGAGCCGUGGAUCCCUCCAUGCAACGAUCAUUCAGCCAGGUCCCAUUAUCUUCAUUCUCUCCCUCAGUUGCUUCUCCCCAGACUCCAGCCCUGCAGGUCAAGGUCCCUCCCACCUCAGUUCCCACCCCACCGAGAGCAACUCCUAUUCUUCAGCCCCGUCCCCAGCCCCAGACUCAACCUCAAGCUCAGCUGCAACAACAAACAGUAAUGAUCACCCCGACGUUCAGCACUGCUCCUCCAACAAGGAUCAUACAGCAGCCUUUAAUAUACCAGAACGCAGCUACCAGUUUUCAAGUCCUUCAGCCUCAAGUCCAAAGCCUGGUGACGUCCUCCCAGGUGCAGCCAGUCACCAUCCAGCAGCAGGUGCAGACAGUACAGGCCCAGCGGGUGCUGACACAAACAGCUAAUGGAACGCUGCAGACCCUUGCCCCAGCUACGGUGCAGACAGUUGCUGCGCCCCAGGUGCAGCAGGUUCCGGUCUUGGUCCAGCCACAGAUCAUCAAGACAGAUUCCCUUGUUUUGACCACACUGAAGACAGAUGGCAGCCCUGUUAUGGCUGCAGUCCAAAACCCAGCCCUCACUGCCCUCACCACUCCUAUCCAGACAGCCGCCCUUCAAGUACCAACACUGGUGGGCAGCAACGGGACCAUUCUGACCACAAUGCCUGUGAUGAUGGGACAAGAGAAAGUGCCCAUUAAGCAGGUACCUGGAGGAGUCAAGCAGCUCGAACCCCCCAAAGAAGGAGAAAGGCGGACGACACACAAUAUCAUUGAGAAACGAUAUCGUUCUUCCAUCAAUGACAAAAUCAUUGAAUUGAAAGACCUAGUCAUGGGGACAGAUGCCAAGAUGCACAAGUCUGGCGUCCUGAGGAAGGCCAUUGAUUACAUCAAAUACUUGCAGCAGGUCAAUCAUAAACUGCGCCAGGAGAACAUGGUGCUGAAGCUGGCAAAUCAGAAAAACAAGCUCCUGAAGGGCAUCGACCUAGGCAGUCUGGUGGACAAUGAGGUGGACCUGAAGAUAGAGGACUUUAAUCAGAAUGUCCUUCUGAUGUCCCCCCCAGCUUCUGACUCAGGAUCCCAGGCUGGCUUCUCCCCAUACUCCAUUGACUCUGAGCCAGGAAGCCCUCUGCUGGAUGAUGCAAAGGCUUCUGGGUCAUCAGAAAAAAAUUUCGAAUUUAAAAUACUGAAAAGGAGUGAUGUGGUCAAAGAUGAGCCAGACUCGCCUCCUGUAGCGCUGGGCAUGGUGGACCGUUCACGAAUUCUGCUGUGUGUCCUCACCUUCCUGUGCCUCUCCUUUAACCCCCUGACUUCCUUGCUGCAAUGGGGAGGGUCCUACGACUCUGACCAGCACACAUACUCAGGCUCUGGCCGCAGUGUAUUGUCAUUUGAGUCAGGUUCUGGGGGCUGGUUCGACUGGAUGAUGCCAACUCUUCUCUUAUGGCUGGUAAAUGGUAUGAUUGUCCUAAGUGUCUUUGUGAAGUUGCUGGUCCACGGGGAGCCAGUGAUUCAGCCACACUCACGCUCUUCAGUGACCUUCUGGAGACACCGGAAGCAGGCAGACCUGGACCUCUCCAGGGGAGAUUUUGCAGCUGCUGCUGCCAACCUACAAACCUGCUUGUCAGUUUUGGGUCGGACACUGCCCACCUCCCGCCUGGACCUGGCCUGCAGCCUCUCCUGGAAUGUGAUCCGCUACAGCCUACAGAAGCUACGCCUGGUGCGCUGGCUCCUCAAGAAAGUCUUCCAGCGCUGGCAGGCCACCGCAGCAGACUUUGAGGACGAAGCUAAGACCAGUGCCCGGGAUGCAGCCCUGGCCUAUCACAGGCUGCACCAACUGCACAUCACAGGGAAGCUUCCUGCAGGAUCCACCUGUUCAGAUGUGCACAUGGCCUUAUGUGCUGUGAACCUGGCUGAAUGUGCAGAGGAGAAAAUCCCACCAAGCACUCUGGUUGAGAUCCAUCUGACUGCUGCCAUGGGGCUCAAGACCCGGUGUGGGGGCAAGCUGGGCUUCCUGGCUAGCUACUUCCUCAGUCGAGCCCAAAGUCUGUGUGGCUCUGAGCGCAGUGCUGUCCCUGACUCCCUUCGCUGGCUCUGCCACCCUCUGGGCCAGAAGUUUUUCAUGGAGCGGAGCUGGUCCGUGAAGUCAGCUGCCAAGGAGAGUCUGUACUGUGCCCAGAGGAACCCAGCUGACCCCAUUGCCCAGGUCCACCAGGCCUUCUGCAAAAACCUUCUGGAGAGAGCUGUGGAGUCCUUGGUCAAACCCCAAGCUAAGAAGAAGGCUGGAGACCAUGAAGAAGAGAGUUGUGAAUUCUCCAGUGCUCUAGAAUACCUGAAAUUACUUCAUUCCUUUGUGGACUCUGUGGGGAUUGUGACCCCACCACUCUCCAGUAGCUCCGUGCUCAAGUCAGCCCUGGGUCCAGAUGUCAUCUGUCGGUGGUGGACGUCUGCAAUCACCGUAGCCAUCAGCUGGCUCCAGGGAGACGACGCAGCUGUGCGCUCUAAUUUUACCAAAGUAGAGCGUGUCCCCAAUGCCCUGGAAGUAACAGAGAGCCCCCUGGUGAAAGCUGUCCUCCACAUCUGCAGAGCCAUGCACGCCUCACUCUCUGGGAAAGCAGAUGGGCAGCAGAGUGCCUUCUGCCAUUGUGAGAGGGCCAGCGGCCACCUCUGGAGCAGCCUCAACAUCAGUGGGGCCACCUCUGACCCCACCCUCAACCACGUAGUCCAAUUGCUGACCUGUGACCUGCUACUGUCACUGCGGACAACACUCUGGCAAAAGCAGGCAGGCACCAGCCAGGCCCUGGGCGAGACCUACCAUGCAUCAGGCGCUGAGCUAGCUGGCUUCCAGCGAGACCUGGGCAGUCUUCGCAGGCUGGCGCACAGCUUCCGCCCAGCUUACCGCAAGGUGUUCUUGCACGAAGCCACUGUGCGCCUAAUGGCAGGAGCCAGCCCCACCCGUACCCAUCAGCUACUGGAGCACAGCCUGCGGCGGCGCAGCCCCCAGAGUACCAGGCAUGGAGAGGUGGAUGCCUGGCCCGGCCAGCGAGAACGAGCCACUGCCAUCCUGCUGGCUUGCCGCCACCUUCCCCUCUCUUUCCUUUCCUCCCCGGGCCAGCGGGCUGUGCUGCUGGCUGAGGCCGCCCGCACCCUGGAGAAGGUGGGCGACCGGCGCUCCUGCAAUGACUGCCAGCAGAUGAUUGUAAAGCUAGGUGGCGGCACAGCCAUCGCCGCCUCCUGACCACUGGGCUCAGCCCACUGCCCUCCACCUGUUUGUCUCUGUCUCUCUCCCCCAGGAUCCUCCCCCAAAAGCUGUGGGGACAAGCCUUGUCACCUGCUGAGGCUUUUGGACCACCUCAGGCCAGUGGGCUCCUGGGCAGAGACCCUUAGAGCUGCUGUCACUAGAUGCCCAUGGUCCAGGGCCUGGGAGGCUUGAGAGGAAAAAUGGCAGGGCCGGAAUUGGGGGUACCCCUGACUUAAGAACACAGUGGGAGCUCCCCCGCUGUCAAGCCCCUUCCUCCAGCCCUCCUGAGUUCUCUCCCUCCCUGAAUCUCUCUCACCUUUUUGCUUCCCAUUUUUUUAUUAGGCUUUCUCUCUGGGGGACAUGGGUCUUUGGGCACCAGAGAGCAAUUUGCCCUCAGGACUAUGUGGCAUGCCCUACCCCUCUUUUUAUACAAAUGUUUUUAUAUCCACGUGCUUGGGUUUGCCCUGACUCAGGGCUAAGUCGCUGCAGCAUCUUCGUCUCUCCCUGGUCUACAUCCCCUUCUCCUGUGCCUGACUAAGCCAAUUGUUUUCUCUCAAUUACACAGGAUCACCAGGGAAGGAGGGGGAGCCCUACCCAGGGAGGCAGGUGGGAGGCAGGAGACAG